AUGGUGGAGAAGAGCAGAGAUCCAAGAUGUGAAUAAAUGCACAUUUAAUUAAUUUCAGAGAAUGAUUAAUCAACGCAAUCUGCUUUGGUAAUUAAACUGCCUUGGUAUUUUGCUGGUUAACAUUGUUAAAACAAGACAGAAACUGAGAAGCUCGUGCCAAAAACCAAGAAGAAUUCGUCUCAUUGGUUUGAAAAAUAAUGACUCUACAACACGGGUCGGGUGUCUGAGUGUCCAUCAGUAGAACCUAGAAGAAGCCGGUGAAACGUUCUCGAACGUCAUUCCUGGCGGCGCCAGAAAAGACGCGGCAGUGGAAGGGGAAGCGCGUUCCCCCUCCACUCCGGCGCCGACCAAUCAGAGCGCGCGUCGAGAAGAUUCGAGAGCGCCGCGCAGCGUCGAGAAAACCCGCGAAGCGGCGAGCGGAUUCGAAGCGGGCCGCUGCCCCCACCUUCCCCCACCACGCGCACGGCCGCUCAUAUAAGCAGCGCGCGCCGACGGUCGGCAGUUCAGUUCUCAGCGAGCAAUCAAGUGAUUCAGAGCUAAAGUCUACGCGACUCAGCGCUGUACCAGUGUUCUCGUGAGCAUCGACAAGUGCUAGUUCCUUCAUUUUGUGAUCAGCGAGUUUUCGCCAAGUGCCAGUGCGAGUGUUUCGAGUGAUUCAACAAGCCAGUGAAUCAUCCCAGCCAAGAUGCCAGCCGUGGGAAUCGACUUGGGCACCACCUACUCCUGCGUGGGCGUGUGGCAGCAGGGCAAGGUGGAGAUCAUCGCCAACGACCAGGGCAACCGCACCACCCCCAGCUAUGUGGCCUUCACCGACACGGAGCGCCUCAUCGGCGACGCGGCCAAGAGCCAAGUCGCCAUGAACCCCAAGGACACCGUGUUCGACGCCAAGCGACUCAUCGGCCGCAAGUUCGACGACCCCAAGAUCCAGCAGGACAUGAAGCAGUGGCCCUUCACCGUGGUCAACGAGGGCGGCAAGCCCAAGAUCCAGGUCUCGUUCAAGGGUGAGCGCAAAGUGUUCGCGCCGGAGGAGAUCAGCUCCAUGGUGCUGACCAAGAUGAAGGAGACUGCCGAGGCGUACCUGGGCAGCACGGUGCGCGACGCGGUGGUGACGGUGCCCGCCUACUUCAACGACAGCCAGCGGCAGGCCACCAAGGACGCGGGCGUCAUCGCGGGCCUCAACGUGCUGCGGAUCAUCAACGAGCCCACCGCCGCGGCCCUGGCGUACGGCCUGGACAAGAACCUCAAGGGCGAGCGCAACGUGCUCAUCUUCGACCUGGGCGGCGGCACCUUCGACGUCUCCAUCCUCACCAUCGACGAGGGCUCCCUGUUCGAGGUGCGCUCCACGGCCGGCGACACGCACCUGGGUGGCGAGGACUUCGACAGCCGUCUGGUGAGCCACCUGGCCGACGAGUUCAAGCGCAAGUUCCACAAGGACGUGCGCUCCAACCCGCGCGCCCUGCGUCGUCUGCGAACCGCGGCGGAGCGCGCCAAGCGCACCCUGUCCUCCUCCACCGAGGCCACCAUCGAGAUCGACGCGCUGUACGAGGGCAUCGACUUCUACACCAAGGUGUCCCGCGCGCGCUUCGAGGAGCUCUGCACCGAUCUGUUCCGCUCCACCCUGGCCCCGGUAGAGCGCGCUCUGCAGGACGCCAAGCUGGGCAAGGCCGACAUCCACGACGUGGUCCUGGUGGGCGGCUCCACGCGCAUCCCCAAGGUGCAGGCCAUGCUGCAGAACUACUUCAACGGCAAGUCGCUCAACCUCUCCAUCAACCCGGACGAGGCGGUGGCGUACGGCGCGGCGGUGCAGGCCGCCAUCCUGUCCGGCGACCAGAGCCAGGCCAUCCAGGACGUGCUGCUGGUGGACGUGGCGCCGCUGUCCCUGGGCAUCGAGACGGCGGGCGGCGUCAUGACCAAGAUCAUCGAGCGCAACUCGCGCAUCCCCUGCAAGCAGACGCAGACCUUCAGCACGUACGCGGACAACCAGCCGGCCGUCACCAUCCAGGUGUACGAGGGUGAGCGCGCCAUGACCAAGGACAACAACCGCCUGGGCACCUUCGACCUGACGGGCAUUCCCCCCGCACCGCGCGGCGUGCCCCAGAUCGAGGUCACCUUCGACAUGGACGCCAACGGCAUCCUCAACGUGACCGCCAAGGACAACAGCUCCGGCCGCUCGCAGAAUAUCACCAUCCGCAACGACAAGGGCCGCUUGUCCGCCGAGGAGAUCCAGCGCAUGCUGGACGAGGCCGAGCAGUACAAGGCCGAGGACGAGAAGCAGCGGGAGCGCGUGGCCGCGCGGAACCAGCUCGAGGGGUACGUCUUCAGCAUCAAGCAGGCCCUGGACGAGGCGGGCCAGAAGUUGUCCGAGCAGGACCGCGCCCGGGCACGCGAGCAGUGCGACGCCACCCUCAAGUGGCUGGACAGCAACACCCUGGCCGAGAAAGAGGAGUACGAGCACCGCCUCAAGGAGCUGCAGCAGCAGGUGCAGGACGUCAUGACCCGCCUGCACACCGGCGGGCAGGCAGGGCCUCAAGCACAAGGCUGCGGCCAGCAAGCCGGCGGCGCCCACCGCAGCGGACCCACCGUCGAGGAGGUGGACUAAAGCGUCCUAGUCGAAUCUUCUCUCCUUCAUUCCAUUUGUGUUGAUUGUUCGCAUUUUCAUAUUGGUCAUGUAAUUUAUUCACUGUUUCAUAUCUCAUAUCUCGUGAUAUCCAUGUAUUUAAGCUUAUUUUGCUGCCAGACUGAAUUAGGCUAAGUUCCUAGCUAGUUAGUUAACUUCUAUUGCAAUGUGUAAAUAAAUCAUCUAUUUUAGUUUUGUUGUAAGUGCUGUAAGUAAUUUUAAAAAAAUAAAUAAAUAUAAAUUAAAUGUUA